AUCAGCUUCACCUGCGUUUGACUUGCCCGGAUUUGACCAUGGCAGUGGUGUCGAUGGACAGACAGUACCUGGUUGCAAGACCGCUGUGCUCAGAUGAUUCCAUUUCAGGACAGUACGGGAAGCUCUACAGACACCACAAAGGUCUUCUGCAUCAUUUUAAGGAAUAUUUUCUCAUUUGUGAUUCUCAACGUGUAAAGAAUGCAGCUCUGUCUUUGCUGCCUGUCAUCGGAUGGAUGAAAAUAUACAGAUUCAGGGAAUGGCUGUUCAAUGAUAUAGUGUCUGGAAUCAGCACUGGACUUGUAGCUGUACUGCAAGGACUUGCAUUCUCCUUGCUGGCUCGCUUACCUCCAGGGUAUGGACUGUACACUGCUUUCUUCCCUGCAAUGGUUUAUUUCUUCUUGGGCACAUCUAGACACCUCUCUGUAGGCCCUUUUCCUGUUCUGAGUAUGAUGAUUGGUGAUGUUGUGCUCAGGCUGGCUGAUAAUGCUCCUGUCAACAUUACUGGAUUUGAAGAACUGACCCUGGAAGAAAGAAGAGUUGUAGUAGCCUCUUCUGUGACAUUCCUCAUGGGUAUUUUUCAGCUGAGUUUAGGGCUGCUGCGUGUGGGCUUUAUUGUCAUCUACCUAUCAGAUACUCUGGUGUCUGGGUUCACCACUGCUGCUGCAGUCCACAUCCUGGUGUCACAGCUCAAGUUUGUGUUGGGGUUGAAUGUCGACAGCAAGAAUGGAAUCCUCAGCAUUUUUAGAUCUUUAGAGGAAAUUUUUCGUAACAUCUCUCAAACCAAUUUGGUUGAUUUGGCGAUUUCCAUUGUGAUCAUGGUAAUGGUGUUCAUUGUGAAGGAGCUCAACGACAUGUUUAAAUCUAAACUACCUGUGCCCAUUCCCAUCGAAAUUAUCAUGACUGUUAUUACUUGUGGAGUAUCGUAUGGAUUUAAUUUUACGACAAGAUAUAAUGUUACUGUGAUUGGUGAUAUGCUGAAAGGAUAUGAGGCUCCGUUUGCUCCAAAUGUGGAGGUCAUGCAGCAAAGUGUAGUGGAUGGUUUUAUUACAGCUAUAGUGGGCUUUGCUGUGGCUUUCUCCGUGGCUAAAGUUUAUGCUGUGAAACACGACUACACCAUUAAUGGAAACCAGGAGCUCAUUGCUUUCGGUGUGAGUAACAUCUUUGGAGCAUCUUUUCGAUCCUUUGCGGCCAGCACUGCACUCUCCAGGACAGCUGUGCAAGAGAGCACAGGGGGAAAGACACAGAUAGCAAGUCUAAUCUCUGCGAUGAUAGCAAUGAUUGUGAUAGUCGGAAUAGGAUUCCUACUUGAGCCACUGCCUCGGUCUGUUUUGGGAGCUCUGGUGAUUGUGAAUCUGAAAGGUAUGCUGAUGCAGUUCAGAGAGAUUUGCUACCUCUGGAGGAAGGACAAAGUUGAUUUAGUCAUCUGGGUAGUAACCUGUGCCUCGGCCAUUAUUCUGGGGCUGGAUGUGGGUCUUGGUGUGGGAUUGGGUGUGGAACUGCUCACAGUUGUCUUCAGGACUCAGUUUCCACUCUGCUCUGUUCUGGCCAACAUUACAGGCACUGAUAUCUACAGAGACCGCAAAGACUACUUGUGUAUUAAUGAACCUAAAGGAGUUAAGAUAUUCAGAAUCCCCGCACCCAUCUUCUUCGCAAACAUCGACUUUUUCAGGGACAAACUAGUCAAAGCGGUGGGAUUCAACCCACUCAGAAUUCUGAGGAAGAGGAACAGGGCGCUGCGAAAAAUCCGAAAAAUGGUCAAGAGCGGGGAGCUGCAGCUGUCACCCACAGGCCUCAAGCCCUUAGUACACCCAGAUGCUGACGCUAGGGAGGACGAGGGCGAUAUUGAGGAUUUAGAUCAACCGGUGGAUUUCUCAGAUCUGCCAUUUUGGGUCAACUGGAAUGGUGAACUUCCCUCCAACAUCUAUGUUCCUCCGGUGCCCAUCCACAGCCUCGUGCUCGACUUCUCUGCUGUCUCCUUUAUCGACAUUUCAGCACUCAAUGGCCUUAAAACGUUAUUGAGGGAAUUCAUUCGUGUGGAUGUGGAGAUCUACAUUGCUUCAUGUGAUGCGUACGUAUUUGAGAAACUACACAACUGCAAGUUUUUUGAUGAUGAGAUCACGACGUCUAUGUUCUAUCCCACUAUUCAUGACGCUGUGUUACACACUCUGGAGGAACACCCGAGUCACUCAAAGGUGCAAGAGUACGAAAAGGAGGCACAAUUCAAAGUGAGCAGCAUCCAGACUGAAGGAUUAAACCUGCGGAGAACAGAAAAACAAGUGUGUACAACCAGACUGUAGAUGCAAGGGUCAGGCUUCACCAAUGAUACUUCCCAUCUCAUAUGCUUUGAACAGGAAGGACUCUACUCAUGUUACACAAAUUCAACAGCAAUGUCACAAACCACAGCCAGCAUACUGUUAUGUUUGGUGUGGAGACAUGAACAUCACUGCUGAAACAAAAAAAAUUAAAACUGUAACUUCACAGGAGAAUGAAAACAUUGUUCUUAUAACAUCUGUUAAAAUAUCUAAUGGAAAUUAUUCCAACUAUUCUUAGUCCACUUCUGUUGGUCCACUGAUCAUGGCACAAACAAAAGGAAGUUAGGUGAUUUUCUUAUGAUAGUAAUGUGUACCAUUGAAGUGUGUGGUCUGGCAAAUUAGCUUUUCUUAAAGAGCAAAUCUAUUAAAGUGCUUUUUCCCUGGAUAUAAAGGGGAGGUAGUAUUGUGCCUGUUUUUUAUUGGAUAUAGUGUUUAUAUACCCUAACAAAAUCUGUCUUUCAGACACAAUGUCUCUAUGCACCCUAUGGGAAUAUCAACCAGUCUUGCCAUGUUUUUCUUCCUUUCUUUCA